AUCCAUUUAUUUUGUUGGAUUUAACGUCGCACCGACACACUUACAGGUCAUGCUUUGAUGGUGGAGGAAGACCAUAGAUGCCCCUCCGUGCCUAAUUUCAUCACCGGCGGGCACCUGGGUAGAACCACCGAUCUUCCGUAAACCAGCUGGACGACUUCCUCUCAUGAUGAACGGCACGAGUGAGGCACAUCCAUAUAGGUGAGGAGGGAAUGAUUUGAAGUCCGCGACUUAACCACUUGGCCACAGAGGCCCCAUUAAGAUAAUAUGUUUAAACAACGGUACGUGCUGAUGGUAUUGGUUGUCUGUUUACCCAUCUCCAACACCAAGGAACUCCGAUUGUUGGGGCUCCUACCCAUGACUGGUGAUGGCUGGAAUGGAGGCGUGUCCUGCUUGCCGGCUACCCAAAUGGCGCUCGAGGACGUAAACAACAAUGAUUUCAUUCUAUCUGAGUAUAAUCUGAAGUACAAAUGGAUUGACAGCAAGUGCAAUGAAGGUCAGGCUGUUUACAAAAUGGUCAAAUCUCUAUACGAGGAUCCAACGUACCACAUGAUACUUGGUGCUGGGUGCUCCGUGGCAUCUGAAGGUACUUCACAAGUGUCUUACCUGUGGAAUCUAACUCAGUUUUCGUACAGUUCGUCUUCGCCAAUCCUCUCGGACCGAAAACGAUUUCCGAAGUUUUUCCGCCUUGCGCUUCCGGACCAAAAACUUAAUCCGGCAAGGAUAGAUUUGAUGAACGAGUUCAAGUGGCAGAAAGUGGCAACAAUAAACCAAGCGCUAGAAUUCUUUUCCUCGGUCACGGAUGACUUUGUUAAAAGGGUCCAGGGAACGAAUAUCACGAUUUUAUCUCAGGAAAUCUUUAUGAACAAUCCAAUGACUCGGGUACAAAAUUUAAAGACUCACGAUGCUAGAAUAAUAAUGACUGCUGUGUAUGAAGACAAAGCCCGGGAGGUUCUCUGUGCGGCAUACAAAGUGGGAUUGUUUGGUCCAAAAAUUGUUUGGGUAUUUGUUGGCUGGUAUUCUUCAACCUUCUGGAAAGUCGGUCUUGAUGAUUUGGAAUGUACAGAAGAAGAAAUGUCAAUGGCUGCUGAAGGGUCAUUUAUCACAGGGCCGGUAUAUUCCAAUCCAGUUGAAGAAAGGGGAAUAGCAAAUUUAACAGCCAGGGAAUUUGCAGAGCGCUAUUACAGCCAUCCAGCAUACAGUGUGGACGCAAAAGAAUAAUUUCUAUGCAUACCAAUGUUACGACCAUAUUUGAAUAGCU